CAAAAUUAAGGGAUAUUUAUAGUGUUUUGAUAUAGGCAGUGACUAAGGGGGAGAAUAAAAUUUGUUUCCCUAAAUUUUGUGCUAGAAAAUAUUGUCUUGAUAAAUGGUCUUAAGCUCAACCUAAUUAGCAUAUGUUAAUCUUGUGACAAAAGAUAUCAAAUAUGCUUUAAUGCUAAUUCAUGUGAAGUAUCUUGUCACAAAGAAAAUGAAAUGAAGAUCAUAGAAAAUAAGAUAAAAAUUGUGCAUAGACUUAUUCUCAUCUUGUAUAAGAGAAAUGCCUAGUAUCAUUCAUCUCCCAUCUAUUUAUCUAUGGCAUAAUGAACUAAGUCAUGCAAAUAUGAAUAUGCUUAUAUAAUCUAUCCAAACAGGAUCUUGUUGAGAAAUUGCCUAAAGCUUAAAUAUGAAAAUUAUUUGAGGCAUACAUGAAAGGCUAACAAAUAAGUAUAUCAUUUAAGCCUUCAAAACUUGGCUAUGUCAUAAAAGACUAGGUCAUGUGAGCAUGAAUGUUGUUGACUAUCUAUCCAACGUGAUUUUGUUGAGAGAUUUCCUAAGAACAAAUAUGAAAGAAACCACAUUUGUGGUGCAUGAAUGAAAGGCAAAUAAAUAGAUAUAUUAUUUAAGCCUAAAAAUUAAGUAACAACUCCUAGGUCUCUAACUUCACUUUAUUUAGAUAUUUUUGGUCCUAUGAGAACACUAAACUUAGGUGAAAAAUAAUAUGUGCUAGUUAUUAUGAAUGAUUACUCUAGGUUCACUUGAUAAUAUUUCUUGCAUCUAAGAGUGAAACAUUUAUCCCGUUUGAAAUAUUUUCAAAAGAUAAAAAUAUAUAUAUUUCAAAAAUUUCAAGUGAUCAUGGGUAGAAUUUUGAAAUGAGCAAUUCAACCACUAUUGUGAGGAAAAUGUAUUGAUCAUAAUUUUCUAGUGCUAGAACAAAAUGAGGUAGUUGAAAAGAAAGAUAGAUCUUUACAAUAAAUGACUAGAAUUGUGCUAUGUGACAAAAUUCCUUUUUAGUCUAAGCCAUUAACACCUCAUGUUAUAUGUUGAAUAAGAUUUCUAUAAACCUAUCUUAAAGAAAACCCCUAUGAGUUAUAAACCAAAUAUUUCAUAUUUUCAUAUUUUUUUUGUAGUACAUGUUUUAUCCUUAACAGUGGUAAAAAUUCUUUAGGAAAGAUUUGAUGUUUAGAGCGAUAAAAGAAUUUUCUUAAGAUAUUCUACUCAAAGUAAAGCAUAUAGAGUAUUUAAUUAUAUGACUCUAACAAUAGAAGAAUCUAUUCUAAUUAUAGUUAAUUAUGUGAGGGUUGAAGUUCCAAAACCCAAGGAAAGUGGUGAUAAAGAAUUAGGAUAAAGAUUUGAAAAAUUCUCAUUAGAUCAAAAGAAUCAAAUCUAUCAAAUGAUAAUAUGUUUAAAUGCUUAAUGAAGAAAAUGUAGCUCAUGAAGAGAGAAAAUCAUCAUUUCUAAGAGAGAAUAUGAGCAAGAUAAUGGGAUCAUAGAAAAUCUUUUUAGAGAAAUUAGAACAUGAUCAUCUCCUAGAAAUAAAUGUCAAUGUGCUGCAUUAUUUCUCAAAUAGAACCUAAAAAUCUUAAGAAAGCCUUGAAUGAUGAAAAUUGGAUCAUUGCCAUGAAGAGCUAAAUCAAUUUGAAAUAAAUGAAAUGUGGCAAUUGGUUCCAAGACUUAAGAUCUCCCAACCAUAGUAAUCAAAUGGGUACUUAUAAACAAAAUUAGAAUUAAAAGUAAAUUAGUAGCUUAAGGGUAUAAUCAAGGAAAAUGAAUAGUUUAUGAUGAAACUUAUGCCCAUGUUGCUAGAUUAGAAACUGUAAAGAUGUUAUUAGCAUUUUCUUGUUACAAGAAGUUUAAGCUAUUUCAAAUGAAUAUUAAAAGUGCAUUUUUGAAUGGUUAAAUGAGGAAGUAUAUAUUGAUAAAUCUCCUAGUUAUGAGAUAUCCUCAAUAUAAGGAUCAUAUGUUCAAACUCUCUAAAGCACUACAUGAUUCAAAGCAAGCCCCUAGGGCAUGUAUGAGAGACUUAGCAAAUGUCUUAUAGAAGAAAAACUUAAAAGAGCUCAAAUAGAAAUAACAUUGCUUCUAAGCCUCAUAACAAGGAUAUCUUAUGAAUCUACAAGUGAUUUGUGUAACAUCUAUAAAUCCCUAUGGAAUUAAAGUGUCAAUAUAAUGCCAAGGGAAAUUUGAAAUGAGCAUAAUGGGAAAGUUAACAUCUCUUCUAAAGAUUGCAACCUAGGCAAGGAGAUAAAGGAAUUUAUAUAUCUCUUCAAAAAUACAUCUUCUUAAGAAAUCUAAUUUUUUUCAAAAGCAAAUUAGUAGCCACUCAAAAGAAUAGUACAUCAACCCUAGACAAAUAUGGGAAAUGCCAAAAUGGUGGAAAAUGAGCAUUAUAGAAGUAUGAUUGGAUUAUUGCUAUAUUGAUAGCAAGUAGGUAGAACAUUGUGCUUAGUAUUUGCCUAUAUACUAGAUUUCAAUCCAAUCCUAAGACAAGUGAACUAGAGAGGUUUUCAUCUUGAUAUACUGUGUGAUUAAAACAUUUAUUGGGAACAGUUCUUACAUAUGAUUUUCUUAGACUCUAUAGAUUUUCCAUAUAUACAAUUAAUCUAGAAAAUAUUGUUUGGAAAUACUUUCUUACACUCCAUAGAACCAUUUAUGAAGAUGCCAUUAGAUAUUGAAAUGCCCCUAACACCUUUAAUUGUUUUCUAUCUAUAAAAGGAGAUAUUGUUUACAAUUCUAUUUUUUUUAAAUGAUUGGAGCAUUCACUUCAAACAAAAGAUGUCUUCGAUAUGGCAUGCUUCUUAUCUCAAUCAUUGGUUCCAAAGUAGAUUAACUGGAAAAUAUUCGUAGAGUUUCAAUCCAUCCUUCCAAAUUUCUUAAUGAUUCAUCUUUAAAUUGUGUGUGAUAUACAAAAUCUUAUAUCCCUUGAAAAUAUACAAAAAUCUUGUGAUCUAAAUUGUCAAAAGCCAAGCUUGUUUUUGCAUUUUGGCUAUAAUAUGACAUGCAUGUAUGCUUAUUGGGAUAAUUAGUAUUUACUCUCAUGUAUUGCUUGAGUAAGAAAUUAUUCUAAUACAUGCUUUUUCUUUAAAAAUUAAAGGAUCAUCUUGCUUAUUGUAGAUCUCUAUAUAAAAUGAUCCUAUGUUAUAAUCCUAAGUUUAGGAUAUGGUACCUAUGGCUUGAUCUCUUAUAAAGGCAUUAAAUAUAUGAUUGAAUGUCAUGUUUUUGGGUACUUUAAUGAUUAUGCCUUGAAUUACUAGUGAUCCAUGACAAGUUAUAAGAAACUUCCUAGUGUCUUUGUUUAGAAGGAAGUGAAUUUCCAUUUCAUUCUCUUUCACUAAAAGUGAUUAUAUAGUUGCUCAAAUCCUAUGGAUGGAACAAAAGACUAUGGCAUAAAUCCCCACAAUAUUCCAAAUCAAAUGUGCUAAUACAAAUGCUAUAGUCCUAGCAAAAAAUCAGGGAAUCUUGCACAAAAAGAAAAUAUCAAUUGGUAUCAUGUCCAAAUCUAUUGGAAAUCAAACUCUAGAUAAAUCCCUAUCAAUUCUUGAGUUUAAGUGAUUUUAUCUAAAGAAGUUUAGAUCCUUUAUGUCUCUCAAAUUUAUCAUUGGUUAAAUCAAAGGGCUUCGCCGUCAAUCUCUUAGAUCUCAAAUUUUUUUUUUGAUAAAUGAUAUAUUCUUGAUGGCAUAUAGUAUUCAUGUCUUGAAUCAUUUAUAAUGCUAUUUUUCUUGUAUGAAAUAGCUUGAUUAUCUUUGUGUGACAAAUGAAUACUUGAGUAUGAAAUCAUGCUUUAUUUGCUAAAGGAUCAUCUUGCUUUUUGAAGUUAUCUAUAUGUAAUGAUCCUAUGUGAUUACAAGUAUGGCUAAGAUUAUCAAAAGACAAAUGUAUGUUCUUAAAGGCUAUCUUUAAUGUCUCUUGUAUGAAAUCUUCCAUAACUUGUUUAGAUUUAUAUUUUUGGAUGACCACUUAUUUUUGAAUAUAUGGAAAGUAAAUUCAUGUGGUUCAUUCCUUAAAUUUAUGGCCAUUGAUAUGUUUGUAAAAUCUUUUGAAUUGAGACAAUUACUAUUUUUUUUAUAUAUGAAAAAUGUCUCUAUGGUUAAAACCUCCCGUGUGAGUUUAAGGGGGAGUUUUUCAAAAAGAGUCUCUCUAUUUGCUUGAAAUGAUAUAUUUCACUCUUAUAUUGAUCAUUUGAUGUAUAUGCCUCUUUUAUGAUGAAUGGCUAUGCAUUUGAUCUAGCACUUUGAUUGUUUAAAUAUGAGUGAUUACUUGAAAAGGUAUAGAUUGGCUCUAAUAUGAUCAUGAGUAUGCAAUAUGGUAUGAAAUUUUUUCAAUUUUUGGCAUCUCAUGAAUAAGGCUUCUGUAUAUGGCAUGUGCUAAAAAAUCUUUUAUGAUGCUAAUUAUGCCAUCUUAAGGGGGAGUUAUCUCUAAUGUUUUAAAAAGAAUCAUUGAAAAAGUCUUGUGAUUUGUAAAAUCAUGCGAAAUGUUUUUAUUUAAGAAUGAAGUUUUUCAACCUAUCAUUGGGGGAGCCUCAUUGUGUUUCAAAAAGGGGAAGUUUUAAUCUUUUUGAUUUUGACAAAAAGGGGGAGAUAAAAUGAAUAAAUUGAUUUUCAUAUUUGUUUUUGUCAUCAUCAAAAAGGGGGAGAUUGAUAUUUUAUUCUUAGUAAAAUAGUUUUGAUAAUGACUAUAUGAAAAUCAAUCUCUAUGGAUUAUAUGAAUGAGAAAAUGAAUUUGUAAUAUAAAAUCAAUCUCUAUGGAUUAUAUGAAUGAGAAAACAAAUUUGUAAUAUAUGAAUUUUGAAGCAAGGUAUGAAAUCAUAUGGAAGAAAUAUUGAGUAUGGUUGAGUGAGGUUUUAUUUCAAAAUAUAUUUUUGAUAAUCCCAACUUGCUUUCAAAAGAAUCAAAGUGAGGUUUUGUUAAGUUUUCAAUGUUUUCAAAAGGAUAGUCGAUUAUGUGUUUCAUUCUGUUGACUUUACCUAAGAAUAGUCGACUAUACUGUUAAGGAUAGUCGACUAUAUUUAAGGAUAGUCGACUAUGCUGUUUCGAUCUGUCGACUAUUUAAGGCAUCUGUCGACUAUUUUUCAGUUUGUCGACUAUCAUGUAAGGAUAGUCAACUAUGGCUUUUCAUCUGUCGACUAUUUUUGUUCAUAAAAUUCAAAAAUCUCUUCACAUUUUUGCAAUAGUCAACUAUGCAUAUGUAUCUGUCGACUAUGAAAUUUUUGUGUUAUAAGAUAGUCGACUAUGUAUUUUUGUCUGUCGACUAUGUUUUGUUUUAUUUGUAAAAAUAGUCAACUAUGCAUUUUCUUCUAUCGACUAUAUCUUGUACAGAAAGCUUCCAACGGCUAGUUUUUCAACUCUAACGGUCACAAACGGCUACAUUUCUCUUUAAUCUUUUGGGAAGCCUAUAAAUACAAGUCGUGGAUGAUCAAGAGAAGACUAAUGGACGGGAACGAGUUGAUCUAAAGAGUUAAAAUCAUUUUUACUCAAAGCUUACAAUCUUUGCGCUUUCACUGUUGUAUUUUCUAUCUAAGGCUUUGUUGUUCUAUCAUUGUAAAUUUAUUAUUAAGCCUUGUUUUCAUUGUGAGAGAACUUGUAACUAAGAGUGUUAACUCUUAGCUUCUCUCUUUCAUUUAUAUCGUUCUUAUUUUCCUAGCUUUGUGCUAGAAGACUUGCUCGUUGAAGCAAGUGGCUGUAAUUCCUAGCUAGGUGCUAGAGGGCUUGCUUGUAUAAGCAAGAAGUUGUAAUUCCUAGUCUUGGACUAGAGGACCUACUUAGUUUAAGUAGGGGGUUUUAGUGGAUGGUUUAAAAAUCCUUAGUGAGGAGUUAAGGUAGUGGAUUAGGCUUGGGUUAAGCCGAACCACUAUAAAUCCUUUGUGUUCUUCUCUUGUGCUUGUGGUUUUAUUUCAUUUAUUAUUUCAAGCAAUUCAAUAAUCCUCACUUGCAUCGAAUUUUCCAUCAAAAGGAUUUCAAAGUUCUAUCAAAGAUUUUUAAAAUAUCCAAUUCACCCCCCCUCUUGGUGUGUGCCAUAGAACCUAUUGUUCUAACAACACCCACUGCCACCCCUGAUAAUCGUCCGAUGAUAUGUCCAUUAGGUUUUUCGUUUAAUAAUAAUUUGAGCAAACGAGAUAUUUCCCGAAUUAUUCAAAGUAAGUUUGAGGGGCCAUACCCGAGUUGGAAGAAGACAGAUCCUGCUGUUAGGGAGAUGUGGUAUGGCGAGUUUAAGUCAAGACAAUUUGGUCGCCCACCUACACAAGCUGAGUUGUUCCUCGCAACACAUAGAAGGAAAGACAAUUCCGGAUUCGUUGAUAGGAGGUCCGAGGAUACUUAUGCUAACUUUCAGACGCGACAACACGAGGCAUCAUCACAGUCAUCGGUUGUUGGCCAUUCAGAAGAUAGUGAAGCUGGCCAGCCUUCGCACCCAGCUAUUGACGAUAGAUCCUUAUGGUUGGAGGUUGCGGGAGGUAAGAAAAAGGGUCAUGUUUAUGGAAUGGGGUCAGAGGCACAUAUAAUCCCCGGUUCUUACUAUGUACCGACACCACAGCCACAGCCACCGCCACAGCCAUCGUUGUCCGUCUCACUAUCAGAUCAGAUACAAGAAGCUGUUCGGGUAGCAAUAGAACCCUUCAACCAGCGAAUCUCGGCUAUUGAAGAUAGACUACAUUAUCGUUCUUCAUCUUCGUCGCCCCAGAACCCUUCGGAUCAUUAGCAUGAUCUAUUAUUUGUAUGGAUAUGUAAUAUGGAAUUGUAGACGAUUAUGGAUUUGUAGAUAAUAUUUG